UCUCGCACGCAUGGACAAUAUUCCAGGAUAAUAAAAAAUACCGGACUUUAAAGGGACAGCUAGAUCUACAGAAGGGUUCAUACCCUGUUUCUAUUUGACAUAUUCUACAUUUUCUCACUAAAAGACGGGAGCUUCAGCCCACCUUGUUGAGCGUGUAUAUGUGUGUGUUUAUUCCCCGUUCUGGAUCACAAUGAUGCAAAGUGCUGCUGUUCUACCAACAGAGAGUCCUGUGAAGGGUGUACCCGAGAUACUCGGAGUGCCAAUGCAACAAAUCCCCCAGUGUGCGGGCUGUAGUCAACACAUCCUCGACAAGUUCAUCCUGAAGGUGCUGGACCGCCACUGGCACUCCAAGUGCCUCAAGUGCGCAGACUGUCAAGCGUUGCUGGCAGACAAGUGUUUCUCGCGGGCAGGAAAUGUGUACUGCAAAGAGGACUUCUUCAAGCGGUUUGGAACAAAGUGUGCGUCGUGCCAACAGGGGAUCCCUCCGACUCAGGUGGUGCGGAAGGCCCAGGACUUUGUGUACCACUUGCACUGCUUCGCCUGCGUCAUGUGCAGCCGGCAGCUGGCCACUGGGGAUGAGUUCUACCUUAUGGAGGAUGGCAGGCUGGUGUGCAAGGAGGACUAUGAAACAGCCAAACAGAAUGAUGAUUCAGAGGCAGGGGCAAAGCGACCACGGACCACCAUCACAGCCAAACAGUUGGAGACCCUUAAAAUUGCCUACAAGAACUCUCCCAAGCCAGCGCGCCACGUCCGCGAGCAGCUCUCCUCAGAGACGGGACUGGACAUGAGAGUAGUGCAGGUGUGGUUCCAGAAUCGUCGUGCGAAAGAGAAGCGUCUGAAGAAGGACGCAGGGCGGCACCGCUGGGGUCAGUUCUACAAAAGCGUCAAACGUAACCGAGGGGGCAACAAAGCAGAGAAGGAGAGUUCAACAGAUGAUGCAGGACUGAGUGACAGUGAGCUCAGCUUCAGAGAUGACCAGAUCCUGUCAGACCUGGGUCACACCAACGGCCUGUAUGGGAGUGUGGGCGACGGGGGAGUGCUGAACGGAGGCUUCUCUCUGGACGCUGCUGGACAGCCCUAUCAUGACAUUCGGACUGGCAGUCCCUACGGUCUCCCCCAGUCGCCCUCAUCCAUCGCCUCACUGCCCGGCCACACCCCGCUGCUCAACAACCUGGGCUUCACCAUGGACAGCAUCAUAGCCCAUGGGGGGCAGGGAGGCGUGGGGCAGGCUCUCAGGUCCAUGGCAGGAGGCCCCACCUCUGACCUCUCCACGGGAAGCAGCACGGGCUACCCAGACUUCCCCACCAGCCCUGCAUCAUGGCUGGAUGAGAUGGACCACUCCCAGUUCUGAGCUCCACCUUGAACACAGCAGAUUGACUGUGGAACAGAGACAGACGAAGCAGGCUUUUUACAUUUCUAUUUCCCUGAAACUGAUAUUGCUUGUUGUCCAAUAAUGGUUGUGGAAGUAGUAGGUAUGCCGGACAGGCUACACUUCAGCUACCCUCCCACCACAUUAGAGUAAAGGAUGUGUGGAGACCCACCGGUGACCUGAGCAGAGCAGUGACGCCACACAGAACAGAAUGGCAGGACAAAACACUACUGAAUGUUGAACUUACACUGUAUUAUCAUUUUUUUAUGGAUAGAUUUGAUUCCAUUCUCAAAAAAAACUGGAUUUGACAUUUCCAGCAUGAGUUCCUGCAUUGGGAUGAUGUUUGUCAUUAAACCCUGAGGCAAGCCCAAACAGGCAUCAGCAAUGUUAGGGCCACAAUCUCAACGGAAUCCCUAAAAAAAAAAAGAAGCUUCCUGCAUGCUUCUGAAUGAGGAGGAUCAAUGUUCAUAUUAAAGCCUUUUACAUUGGCAAUGCACUUUACACUUCUCCUCGUUUGUACAUGGACAGCAACAAACAGAAGAGAGAUGAAUGCACAAUGCAACCCAGCAGUGUUUAAUUUGAGAACUAGUUUCAAACAGUGACACAAGUCUAAUUUUACAAUGCAACGUUUUUUAAAAAUGUAAUACUGAAACUAACAGCACUGGGUUUUUAGGAAUGACUAGAUGUUGGUCUAUACAGUGUGGGAGCCACAGAUUAUUCUGUGUCUGUGAGGAGGAAGUCGCUUUCUUCAAACUCUUUCUCUUCUGUAAUGUUCUUCUCUGUGAAUUAUCUGUAGUCCUGGGGGUACACUUUUGUCAGUAUUUAUUUAUCUGUUGUUCUUACUCCAAGAAUAUGCUCUCUGCUAGAAGUCGUCAUGACCCAAUGACUGUAGGAUAGAAAGAAGUGCAAAGGCAACCCAACAACAAUGUGGAAAUUCACAUUUGAUAUCCUCUUUUAUUGGUGCAGCUGACAACAUGGUGCAGCUGACAACAUCUUAACUCAUUAUGACAGAUGCAGGAACAGAACAAUCAUUUUACUAAAUGUUUCAUUAAUGCAGUAUAUUUAUUUAUAUGAGAAAACACACACCAACCUAAUCUUGACUGAGGAACAUUCACUGUUUAAUGCUGAAAAGUCAUAAACAGCCAUCCUGGCUCCAGUAUCUUUGGCUGUUUAAAAGCUGCUCUUCUCUGUCAACAGAUGUAAUAUCACCCAUCAAAGUCUACUGAACAAAAAAUAAAUGUAAAGUGUUGGUCCCAUGUUUCAUGAGCUGAAUUAAAAGAUCCCAGAAAUGUUCCAUAUGUGCAAAAACCUUAUUUCUCUCAUAUUUUGUGCACAAAUUUGUUUAUAUCCCUGUUAGUGAGCAUAUUUCCUUUGCCAAGAUAAUCGAUCCACCUGAAAUAUCAAGAAGCUGAUUAAACAGCAUGAUCAUUACACAGGUGCACCUUGUGCUGGGGACAAUAAAAGGCCACUCUAAAAUGUGCAGUUUUGUCACACAAAACAAUUCCUGAAGUUUUGAGGGAGUGUGCAAUUGGCAUUCUGACUGCAGGAAUGUCCAACAGAGCUGAUGCCAGAUAAUUGAAUGUUAAUUUCUCUACCAUAAGAAUUUGGUAGUAUGUCCAACCGCACGUGUAACCACGCCAGCCCAGGACCUCAACAUCCAUCUUCUUUACCAUCAGGAUGGUUUGGCUCCCAAGUGGGUGGGUCUAUGCCCUCCCAGGCCCACCCAUGGCUGCACCCCUGCCUAGUCAUGUUAAAUCCAUAGAUUAUGGCAUAAUUAAUUUAUUUAAAUUGACUGAUAUCCUUCUAUGAACUGUAACUCAGUAAAAUCUUUGAAAUUGUUGCAUGUUGGUUUUAUAUUUGUGUUCAGUAUAAAUACAUGCAAAAGGGAUUAUCAAACGUAAUACUUAGAGACAGUGUAAAACAGCUGAUGGCCCGAUUGUCAUGGUAUCUGAAUAUGUUGUUGUGUCAUGCGCUACAGGCUGUAUCUUAGGACCCGCACUGGGUGAGAUGAGAGAGGUUUUACAAAAUCUCAGUCUUGUGUGAUGGUGUUGGUUUCAAGACAUUCAUGAAUGUUUCUAAAGAUUUACGCCGAGAAUAAGUGUAUAAGGGGACAGAACAAUUCCUGUAAAAAAAUCUCUCAAAAUCACAAUGUCUGCUAAUUUAUAUUUCUUUCCGUGUCAAUUGCCAAAUGUUGAACCAGCUGAAAAGAGCAUACAUUAUGCCAACCAGAAAGCCAAUGGAAAAAAAACACAAAAAAACACAUGCAAAUAUAUACACACACCAAUAUACUUUUUGUUCAAUCUGUUGCCUCAGAACUUUGCGUCUUAAUUGUUGUACAUUUUGUACAGUUUCAAAAGGUGUUGACAGUCUUGUUUCAUGAGCGCUAUUUAUUGCCAUGUGUCUUUAAAAAAGAUGAAAAAGAUAGCACUGAAACUAUUCAUAUAUGCCUUCUGUGCAUUGAUAGGAACUGUGUACAGAAAUAUCUAUAUGAGGAAAUAAAGCUAAAAUGUCU